AUGGAUAAAAAUGAGUUUCAAAGCUUAGCUCAUUCUGAGAGUUGCAUUCUUAAUACUGAUUCCUCUAUAGAAGGCUAUGUUUUAAAACUUUCCAAAAGGAAAUGAAGAUGAAACAAGAGAUACCUCGUUCUGAAGCAUGGAUUUAUUUCUUAUUAUAAUAAAAAGCCUAGAGAUUUAAUCUACUUCGACUCAUCAAAUAAAGAAAUUUCGAUUCCAAAGGAAUAUGAAAAAAUCCAAAAUUGUGAUGUCUCUAAAGUUAAUGAUGACUUUUGUAAAAAGAAAAAUAAGCCUUUUGUGUUUCAGAUAUGCUUCUUUAAGAAUGGUAAAGAAAUCAUAUGAAUUUUUGCUGUAAGCAGCGAUUUAUCAUUACGUACAUGAUUAAAAUGUUUAAAUAAUGCAAAAGAAUAUGAAAAAAAAAUCAACCCAGGUGAAAAAUUGGCUAAGUCUUAUAAAGAAAGUGUCAGCUCUGAAAGUGUAUCAAAUAUUUUUGAAUGCAAUAUUGAUCUAGACAGUGAUUCUUCUGUACAACAACAAAAUAAUAUAGUUGAAAUUUGCCAGCCUGAAGAUAAUUCUGACGAAAUUAUUAUUGAAAUUAGUCAAGUUCAAGAAGAAAUUAUUGCAGAAAAAGAAGAAGAUUCAUUAGAGUUGCAAAAAUCUGAAGAAAAUAUAAAACUAGAAAGCGAGAUAGACUACCAAUAUCAAACAUUGUGAAUUAAAAGCAUAUUUAUAGAGGAAAGCUAUAGAGAAAUAUUUAUUCCGUUUAUUGAUUAUUUUGAAAAAUUAGGAAGAAAAGUUGCCAAAUUUAUUGUUGAAGAAAUUACAAAUGAAAAGCAAAUCAAACCUUUAGAAUAUUUUUCAAUACCAAUAUACAUUGUUAAUAAAAUAGUUUGCUUUGUAGCAAAUAGUGAGGAUACAUGUAAAAUACUAAAAAAUGAGUAUAAAGCUUGUAAUAAAGUGACAAAUUAUAUAUCUAAGCUGAUCCCAAAAAAUGAAAAUUUUGAUAUAAGAUGCCCAAUUACUUGCUUACUUCCUUUCUUCAUGAGGGAGUAAAAGAUUUCUAAUAUAUAUAGCCCGGAUCUCCUUGGGCUGUAUAAUUAAUUACCCCUUUUAGAUCGGCCUAAUAGCCGUUUAAAGUUUGAAUUUUCACAUAAAUUUAACUGCCAUUUGACUGUUGAAAAGCUUGCCAAACGCAAUUUGGUUUGUCAAUCCUCAGAUGGUGUUAAGAUUUUUUAAAAUCGACAUCUGAGGCCCAAAGAGUUAAAAUGGUUCACAAUGAGAAUCUUUCAAGACACUGGCAGUAUGCAUGCUUUUAUAUGCUUAGUUAUAUUAAGUAAGAAAAUGCUUACUGCAAUCUUUAUUCUGUUCUUAUAUAUAAAUAGGAUAAGGGCUAAUCAGUAUAAAUGCUUAAUUAGAUUAAAUGAAAUAUUUUUUUAUAUAUAAUUAAUAACUGUUAUAGCGAUAUUAUAGCUAAUUAUAGUAAAAAAAUUUUUAUAGAGUUUGCAUUCUUAAGCAUAAAUUUUAUAAUUUAAAUUCGUUUUUUUUCUUUUCAAAUAUGUUUUAAAAUCUAGAAAAAAAUAUAUAUUAUAAUAUUAAUAUAAUUUGUUUUUUAAAUUUAGAGGGUUAGUAGACUAUAAAGGAUACAGAGUUUUCUUAAUAGCUUCUCCACCUCUUUAUAAUGAAGAAUGUUUGCUAUAUGGGAGAUCAGCUGAUGGAACAUUUUACUCAUCAUCUUAUGUAAAUGAUCAAGUCAAUCUGCUAUUAACUGAAUUAGGACUUUCUGGAGAUUUUGAUAAGAAUUCGGCAACUUUUCAAGUCCAUCAAUGCAGUGGAUAUGAAAACUAUGAAAAUUAUUUGGCAAUAAACCGAAAAGAAAUACAAAAAGACCCUCCUGGAGAACUUAUUUAUAUUAUAAAUUUACAUAAACUGCUAUCAAAUUGCUAUGAUAAAACGCAAAAAUCUAGGAAAAUAAACAAGAAAAUUUUGAAAUUAAUCAAUGAUUUCGAUAAACUUAGGCUCAUGCCAAUAGACUCACAUUCAUUAGAAAAUAUUCUCCAUGAAAAAGCGAUAAAAUUAAAUUGUCUGGGCAAAAUUGCAAUUGGGACUAAAAUGCCACAUAUAAGAGAAUUGUGUAUUAUUGAAAUAUUGGGAAGGACGAUUAAAAAUUUGUUUAGAAAAGAAAUAAGAAAGAACUAUUUUAUGACUCCUGAAGAAACUUUAGAUACAGAAACUUAUGACUAUGCUAUAAAAUGAAUAAAAUCACAGAGUUCAGAUGAUUAUUCAGAUUUAUUAAAAGAAAUUGAUAUAGAGCACUAUCAGAUUUUUGAGAAUUUUAUGAUCCCUUCAUGAGACAUAAUAGAGACUAAUAGUAUUCCAAUGAUCUUUAAUAAAGGCAAAGCUACAAGAACAGACAGGAUUACCCUUUUAUUGCUGAACUAUCUAAAUCUGAUCUUUGGAAAUAAUGAAGAAUGCACUGAUUUUUGAAAUGAUACUAUCUGUGAAUAUGCCAAACAUCAUUUCGAUAUAGAUUCAGAAUACUUACAAAAAAAGAAUUUAAACUUAAAAAUGCUUUAUGGGCAUACUCUCAAUCAUUGUGGUGUUAAAAUGAAGCUUUCUUCUUAUCAAAAAUUAGACAGUAAUUGUGUAAUUUUUACAGUUGAUGACUUUAUUCAAUUUACAAAAAAAUCAAAAAUAUAUGACUUUAAGUCUCUAAAACGAAAAUAUCAAGCAGAAUUCGAUUAUGACCCAAAAAUUGAAAAUUUUACAUUUAAAGAACUCUCAAUCUAUAUUAAGCACUUUCACAGCAUUGAUAUAUGCAUAAAACAUUUUGAAACAAAAUCAUCAGCAAAUAAUAAAAUGGCUUCGUCUGAGUAAGUUCUCGCCGAGAACUUUCCAUCCUUGCGAUAUUUUAUUAUUAUAGGGCUGUUUUAUCCAGUAAACCUUUAUCCACAAUACUAAAUAUUACUUACAGCAUAGGGUAAGCGGAUUUCACCAAGGAUAAAAUGAGGAAUAGAAGCUUACUGCUAGACAUAGCCCGAGUAGAUUGAUUAUUAGGCAGAGCAAGCUCAGAAAGCAAGGCCAAUGCAUCUCAGUGCGACAAAGUGGCCAGGCCGGUAAAGUUAUUGAUAAAAAAUAAUAGGCUUGUCCUUCCAUAAAAAGUGCAGAAUUAGGCCUAUUCACCCUGUCGAGCUGAGAAACGAGUUAAACAAUAAAUAAUAAGUAAGUAUUAGCAAAUCAUCAUCAAUUAAAAAUUUUGAAGUUAACAGAAUUAGGUAUUUAGGUGUUCUUUUAAUUGCAUAUUUCUAUGCAAGUGAGAAAGAAAAAAUGAUGGAAUGCUAUGAAAGGUGUAAAGAACUCAUUUCAUUUAAUUUCAAUAAAUAUCAUCCAUUAGGAUUUUUUAUUGAUGAAAUUAUGGCAGAUAUUUAUAUAGAAAGUCAACAUUAUGAAAAUGCAAUUUUAUUGCUGAAUAGUACAUUACAAAUCUCAACAAUUUCACUGGGAUCAAAUCAUGCUUAUGUAGGGAAAAUUUAUGUAAAGCUUGGAUUUCUAUUUGAUAAGCUGAGUUCUAUUAAAGAAUCAAUAAAUUCUUUUCAGACUGCUUAUUCUAUAUUUUCAUUAGCAUGUGAAGAUGAUGAAGCUUAUACUCGAAUCGCUUUAUUAUUAGCUAAACUUUUAUUUAAGCGUGAAUCUAUUGAUGAUGCAAAUAGGAUUUUCUUUCAAUCAUCUGAUAGACUAAGCAAUGAAAAAUUAAAUACUGAAAUCAUUAGCUCAUUAUAUGAACUUAUUUAA